AUCGAUAGGGUCUCUGGCAGAUCCCCGGUGGCAAAGAUGUCCGUUGGUGCGGCGGUGCGGAGUAUCGUCAGUCGCUCGGCCGGACGUGUUUGUGAGUAAAUAUCAGCUGGAUGCGCAGCGCGACCCCGCGACGGCGUGCCGACGUGCGAGCGCGACGACAGUAGGGACCGAUCUUCGCUGGUGCUGCGUGCGCGAGGGAGCCGCGCGACGAUGGGCCUCUUCCCGAACUCCUCGCCCUUCGACGCUGACGUCGAAAAGGCAACUAACGAGAACAAUGUGACGGAGGAAUGGGGAAAGAUAAUGGACAUCUGCGAUAAAGUGGGCACCUCCAGUCUAAACGCCAAGGACUGUUUACGUUCUAUCGUUAAGAGAUUGUACUGUCAUGAUCCUCACGUGGUCAUGCAAGCUAUAACAUUGUUGGACGCUUGCGCCAGUAAUUGUGGAAAAAUUUUCCACUUGGAAAUUGCGUCCAGGGAUUUUGAAAACGAUUUGAGAAAGCUUAUUAACCAUCAGCAGCCGAAAAUAGUGGAUAAAAUCAAAGCGCUCUUGAAAAAAUGGGUGGAGGGUGACUUCAAGACGGACCCACAAUUGAAUCUGAUUCCAAGUUUAUAUAAUAAACUCAGAAGCGAAGGCCAUGACUUUUCUGCUGUCUCGGAUACGCCGAAACGUACUAGCACUCUGAGCAGAGAUCCUAAUGUAGUAACAAAUUUACAAGAAGAAUCAGAUAUUGCAAAAGCCAUACAGCUUUCGUUGCAAGAAAUAGAAAGUAAGGUUCGUACUCAAAGCACCUCAUCGCACAGCUCGCCAGCUUCUAAAAAAAGUACCAGUUUAUAUCCUAGUGUGAAUUCUGUGCUUGGAGCCUCAAGCAGCUCCCAAGAAGGCAGGAAAGUACGUGCUCUAUAUGAUUUUGAAGCUGCAGAGGAUAAUGAACUGACAUUUCUAGCAGGAGAAAUAAUUAACAUCUUGGACGAUUCUCAUCCAAAUUGGUGGAAAGGUAGCAAUCAAAGAGGCGAAGGGCUCUUUCCCUCCAACUUUGUUACUGCUGAUUUAUCUGUUGAACCAGAAGAGUUUACAAAAUUAGAACAUAGUAACAAGAAAUUAGUGCAAUUUGCCGAAGAAGUGGAAGUAAAGAUGGUGAAGCGCGAACCCGAAGUGGUGGAAAUCGAAAUAGAUGAGAAGAAAAUGGAUAGAUUAUUACAUCUGCUUCACGAAGCUGAUCCGCAAUGUGAUACCUCCGAUCCUCAGGAAAUGCUCGAUUUAGAAGAACAAGUCACGGCGAUGGGGCCUUUGAUUGACGCGGCUUUGGAGAAAGUGGACAGGCGGCAUGCGCAGCUUACCCAAUUAAGUUCCGAUUUGGUCGACGCUCUUAAUUUGUACCACACCCUGAUGAGAGAACCUCCAACGCCGUCUGGUUACACUUUACCUAAAAUGCAACCACACAUAAGUCCUUAUCCAUUCCACAAUCCGGGACCACCGCCGCCACCAACGCACGUAAGUGCUUCGACGCGCUCCUUCAGUAACAAUCCUUACAACCGCGCGAGAUAUUCUGACAUUGCUACCUUCUUCAAGAUGUUUAAUGGUAUGCCGCCUUCUUCUCCGUUCCCCACUGGAGCCGGCUCCGGUCCGGUGGGGCCGUAUAACGCGAGUUUGCCGAGCAACGAGUACAUGGGUCCCGCCAGUAUGCCAAACAUGACUUUACCCCAACACUUUCAUGUUCAAUCGGGACCCCACCAACAUCCGCCUGGACAUCCGCAAGGGUCAUCUUUGCCGCCGCCUGAUCAAAAUAACCUUCCUUAUCAACCACAGGGGUAUUAUUCUAAAUAUAGAGGUGAUAAUUUAAAUAUAUUACGUAGCAGAUAUCCGCCUCAAAGCGGCCCAGCACCCGGGCCAUAUGGUCCUCCUGGACCCACAGGACCUGUAAAUCAGCAAUCACAAUAUGCUCCACCAAAUGGGCAACACAUGAUGUAAAGCAAAGCUAUGCGUUACGAACUCAUCUUGUACUCUAAUUCAAGUUGUACAAUAUUACUAUAUAUUAUAAUUAUUUAAAUAAACAUACCCAAAGUAGCCAAAGAUAAUGGGUUUUUAAUAAAAAUUUUACGUUUCGGCUCUAGGCUUUACUCUUUUAAAUCUGUACAUGCUAUUAGGGAAAGCAAAGCAGAAAGUGACUUAUGUUGUCUACAUCACGUUUAUACUAGUUUUGUAAUGUUAGAUAUUUAUUGAUUUAGACUGUUCAGUUUUAAUUUAUACAUUCCUUCAGUCGAUUUGAUUUCUUUUAUUUGACUAUUGUUUAAUGCACAUUAUCAAAAAAAGUUCAUUAAAUAUCAGUGUAUUUGUAAAAGGUUGUUAAAUCCCAUAUUUCUAUACAUUAUUUUAAAUAAUACUUCUCUCAUUAAAGUUUCAUAUAUACAGAUAUAUAUAUAAGAUUAAUUCUUCGUGCUUUGUUUUACAUCUAAGUUGUAAGCGUUAUCGCAUAUGUGUCAUAAAAACUGUAAAUUUAGCAUUUUUAAAACAUUACGCAUAUUUUGAAUAAUAUGUCUCUACAAUGUUUCGUAAAAGUACACGAAAUACGAGAUUUUGGCAUUGAAUAGAAAAGAGCUCAAGAAAUGUUUUAUAGUUUUCUACUCUGCCAUCGAUUAACUGAUUGCGAAACGGGGUUUGCAGUGUGAUUAUUAGGAAAUGAAGUGAUAUUAUUGUUAAAGGAGUGUUACAAUCACGAAGUGUUGUUAAGGCUCUUUUAAUUGUCAAGCAAUGCUUGAAACAUCUUUUGCAAGAAAAUAUGUCUCAAUAUGGUCUAGUCUCCACAUUGUGUACAAUAAGACUAAUUCCUAUUAAAUCGCUUAAAAAGUAGCGAGACUGCGAGAAAUUUUUUAUCGAUUGUUAAAUAAUAAGUGAUAUUUGUAUAUAUACACGACGAAACGUCCUGUCUCGAAUAUAACGGAAAUGACCGACGCUUUUCGGCCAUUUACGAUAUAUUAAAAUUUAUUACACAUUGUGUUAUAAAUAACGUGUUUUACUUUCCAAUGCAUAUCGAUAUAAUUAUUCAAAAGUUUCGGCUGAUAUAAAAGAUAAGAAAAGAGAGGGAAAAAAGUAUAUAAAAAGUACACAAUGGUACUGCGGGCAAAGCUUACGCCUCAAAUCUAAGUGGAAACAUAAUUUUUAAGGCAUAAUUUAUAGGGGCAGAACGUACCAAUGUUUUUGUAGCAGCGAUAUUCUGUACACUGUACAUUUAAGCGAGUAAAGACGGAAACGAGAUAGAAAUUAAAAGCGAGAUGAAUAACAGGUCUUAUGGAGAGUAGGCGCUAUUUAUGCUGUGUAUGUUACGUUACCAUUAAAGUGGCUUUAUUUAUAUAAUCAAUUAUCGCUUCAAUUCCUUCUUUCUUGUAUGCAUAUACGGAUUUUGCCGAAAGAAAAUCUCGCGACAGAAAGCAACUGUAUACUAUGUAAAUACCACGCAAAAAAAAUACAUUUUUCGAAAUGUUCA